GGGCACAGUAUACACAGAAGAACUGAAGAAGAGCCUCGUGGUGACGGACAGAGAGAGUUCAUCAUCAUAAACACCAUCAAGUGUUUUGGGGGACAUUCUGCGGAUGCAGCUAUUCUGUUUUCAUUGCAAAAACCACAACAGAUUGUUCACAUUUCGUGAGCUGGAUCAGACUGAAAUCCAUGAGCCUGUUCUUUUCUUGUUGCCAUGGGCAACUACAGCUCUGCACUGAAUGCUGAUGUUGAAGAUUUCAAGUCCCUCAUUUCAACCUUAGAGAAUUCUCAGCGCACUCUCAUUGAGCAUCACAGUCCGGAGAUCACACAAACACUUAAUCAUGUUGUGGAAGAACAAACAGGACCGGAUAUUAAUGUGAAGCAGGAACCAGAUCUGCUGGCCCUCAAGUUUCUGUUCACUAACACAGACACACCCAAUGCCAUCACAGAACCUGGAACUCAAGAACCUGUCCAGAACUGCACCUCUGCUCCGAAGCCAGGGGAAAUAAGCCCAUCCCUCUCCUCUUUCAUCUCUGCUGCCCUAUCUGGAUCAUUAUCAGUUAAAUCCAGAUCGGCCCUGCAGGGACCCAUCACCAUGGAGCAGAUGACUGUGCAAUUUGGAGAAUUACGGAAUGAACUGGACCUGCUCAAGGCUCAGCAUAAAAAAGAAAUCACACUGUUGAUGAAUGAACUGGAUGAGGAGAAGAAGAUGCGUUUGUCACUGCAAAUUGAUGUUGAACGCCUUAAGAAGCACCUGUCCAAGUGACUCCACGCUGAGGUAACCCAACCUCACAGUAUUUAAAGCGCACAGAUAUGCCACUGUGAAUCUGAAUGGGCAAAUUCAAAUGUGCAAAUGAACUUUAUCAAGAUUGUGAACGAUUACAAAAGUUUAUAUCAAAUGAGUGAGAAUAUUUUUAUGGUCUCAAGCUAUGUUUAUGCAUUUCGUUAAUCUUUGAAUUACUGUAGUUGUAAACUCAGCAUUGUAUUUAAUCUGAAUAAUAUGUUCUAGUGUUUUAC